AUGAGCCUCGGGGGCUCCCCAAGCGCCUGGCGCCUGGAUGCGACCAGUGAGCGCGCCUCGUCGCCACCGCCCGAGGAAUUAGCUGUUACAGUCACAAUUGAAGGGAAAGACAAGACAAAACAUCUCCAAGUUUGCAGAUUAGCAAGUGAACGUCUAUCAACAAGGCUACAGAAGAAAAGAUACCGGAAUUAUAGAGAGCAGCUGAGUUUGACUUCUAAAGCGUCUGUGAAGAUAGAGGUGCACAUGUACCUUAGAAGGGGUAUUUUAGUGCCCUUUGGAGAAAUGCCCCAGAGUGGUAUUGAUGGAUAUGAGGUAGUAAGAAGUUGGAGCUCCAAAUCUCCUGUCAGCCUCAAGAUGAGUGUUGUUGACAAGAGGAUAUUCUUUCAGACUCUUCCUCCAAACAGAUUUGCAGAAAAGACCCAGUGCUCCCCUCCUCCUCUGUUUUGUCUUUUUGGGGGACAUUAUCAGGAGACCUAUGAUCCUCUUCUGGAAGCAUCGGCCAUUCGAGAGCAGUUAAACCACUAUCGGAAUGUGGCUGAAAACGCCCACAGUGAGCUGGCAGCAGCUUUGGUCAAGUUUGAAUGUGCUCAGUCUGAGCUUCGUGACCUCCGAUCAAAACUGCUUACCAAAGAAGCUUCCUGUCAAGAGUUGAAAGCUGAAGUGGAGAGCUACAAGGAAAACAAUGCCAGAAAGUCAUCCCUCCUCACCUCUUUGAGAGAAAGAGUCCAGGAGCUGGAGGAAGAAUCUGCAGCGCUUUCCACUUCAAAAGUGAGAUCAGACAUCGCAGUACACAACGCCAUCAAGGAGAACCAGGAGCUGAAGAGGAAGGUCGGAGAGCUCCAUGAGAAACUCCAAAAGUGCUUAAGAGACAAUGAGGAGACUAAGAAUCAAGCAUCAGAGAGUUGCAGGAAACACGAGGAAUUUCUGGCUCACCUGCGUGACAGCUUAGCACCAGACAAGAAGAAUGAAGAGGCAGUCGAGGAAGAUUUGAUUCUGAAGCUUCGAGAGCUGUGCAAGGAACAUGCUUCGGCAAAAGGCCAGAUUGUGACUCUGGAAGAGGUGGUAGAUGUCCACGAGAUGGAGGCGAAAGCCAGCAGAGAGACAAUCAUGAGGCUGGCUUCAGAAGUUAGCAGAGAGCAGAAGAAAGCCGCCUCUUGGAUGGAAGAGAAAGAGAAGCUGAACCAGGACUGGCUCAGUGCUGUUGAGGCAAAGGAAGCUAUUGAAAGAGAGGUUAAAGCCCUCCGAGAAAGGCUCCUUGCUGGGCAGCGGGUCUGGGAUGCCUCCAAGCAGGAGCUGAGCCUUCUGAAGAAAAGUUCCUGUGAGCUGGAGAAGAGUUUGAAGGCCAGUCUGGAUGCAGCCUCAGCUAUGCAAAAUCAAUACUCCUCAUUCCGGGAGAAAAUCAUUGCCCUCCUGAGGGGCAGCUUGGGUGGGAUCGGAUCCACAGAGGACGCCGUUUUGGAGAGGAUUCGAGAACUGGGCAUCCAGGAAGAGAGCAGGAAAAGGAUGGUUUCCCAGCUUGAAGCCCAAAUAUCUGAGCUUGUGGAACAGUUGAGAAAAGAAACUGGGUUUCACCAGAAAGCUCUCCAGAGGGCCCAGAAGGCUGAGAACAAGUUGGAGACUCUUCAGGGUCAGCUAACACACCUGGAGGGAGAGCUGGAUUCUGGAGAUGUUUUGCGAGACAACUUGAAUGUUGAGAAGCAAAAAUACCUUAAAUUUCUGGAUCAGCUCUCAGAGAAAAUGAAAUUGGACCAGAUGGCAGCUGAACUUGGCUUCGACAUGCGUCUGGAUAUGGUUUUAGCUCGAACAGAGCAGCUGGUCCGCCUUGAGAGCAACGUAGUCAUUGAAAACAAGACCAUCACCCACAACUUACAGAGAAAGCUAAAGCUUCAGAGAGAAAGACUGGAGAGCAAAGAGCUGCACAUGAAUCUUCUGCGGCAGAAAAUUGCCCAGCUGGAGCAGGAGAAGCAAAUGCGGACCCACUUGGCUGUGGAGAGGGAUGAGGCCAACCUCUCCACAAGGAAGUUACAGAAGAAGGUGGAGAGGCUGCAGAAAGAGUUGAGUGAGUGCCGAGACUCCAACACAGAGCUCAAAGCCAAACUGGCUGACACAAAUGAGCUUAAGAUUAAAACUCUGGAACAGACCCAAACCAUUGAAGGCCUAAAUAAAUCCAGAGACAAGCUGGAGAAGAUGAAGGAGAAAGCUGAGAAGCAGCUGAUGUCAGUCAAAUCAGAGCUGGACACCACAGAGCGUGAGGCUAGGGAAAAGAAGAAGAGAGCUGACAGCAUGCUCCAGGUGGUCACUAGUGAAGCGAAUACCCUGAGGAAGGCUCUGGAAGAAGCCGAAAAGAGAGAAAAGCAGCCGCAGCUGCCUGCCCUCUAUCUAGCAUGGGCCAUGUUGGCAUUCAAAGAACCUUGUUUACAACAUCCCAGAUCUGCUAGCACACCCCAGGGCUUUAACCUCUGGAAGGAAACCUUAUCUCCAGCAGAGAUUAAGUUGCAGGGAAGCGGUUCCCUGAAUGGCAAACAGUGGCACUCAGAGUUGCUAGCCAAGCAAACCCAGAUUUUUGUCCCCUGUGCCUGUCUCAAGGAUGCCACCAUUGGUCGGGAAAGGCACUCCGAGGGCCACUUGAAACUUCUAAACUGAACACCAUAGUCUCUCUGGAGGAAGACAACUCUAAGAGAUAGGAUACACCUGUCUAGUUCACAAAAGUCCCCAAUCUUUGAAAUUGAAACAGUGUAUGAAUAUGUAUACUUUGAUGAUGAACAAUUGGGAAUACAUCAUUGGUUUAAAAAAAAAAAAAGGAAGCUCUAGGGUCUGGGUGGUGGCUCACCUGGUUGAUCAUACACGUUAUAUUGUACAGGGACCUGGCUUCAAGCCCCUGUCUCCCUCUGCAACGGGGAAGCAUUAAAAAUGGUGGACCAGU